AUGCCAGAGAGUCUGGGCGGGGCCAGAUUUGCGCUGACGCUGACAGAUGAUUUUACCCAGAACGCCUGGGUCUUCUCGCUGAAAAGCAAAAGCGAGGCAGCGCAACUGAUCAAAGAUUGGGUUGCGGCAGUGGAACUACAGUUUUCCACCAAGGUGCAGAGUUUCCAGAGUGACCGAGGCGCAGGGUUCACUGGGUCUGCUCUGCAGAGUUUCUUCCGCCAGAAGGGAAUACGUCACAGGUUGACGGUUACUACUUCUCCUCAGGAGAUUGGUGUGGCGGAGCGCAGGAGCAGGGCACUAGCUGAAGCAGCUGGCGCUUUACUGUUUGACUCUGGUUUGCCUCAGAGUUUUUGGGGGGAGGCGGUGAAGACGGUCAAUUUCACGAUGAACCGGUCCUACAAUUCAGUGAGAGGACAGGAAGGGGAGGGCAAGGUCCUCCCGAGCAGAAGCCCCUCCCUGCCCAGUCCCUUCCUGCCAGCAAAGAGGAGGCUGCUUUGUUCUCUCUGCUUUGCAAAAACUUCCUCGGUGCCCCUCCUGGAAUCUGUUGGUGAUGAAUGGGAAGGGAAGAACAAGGGGGACCACAACAGAAUCCACAUAUCAGAGAAAUCAAAUAAAUAUUCAGAGUAUGGAGAGAACAUCGGCCAGAGCUCCCAGUCCACCUCCCAUCAACGAAAGAGCUUCAUUCGGAGGGAUAGCCUCACUUCACAUGAAAGAAUUCACAGAGGAGAAAAAUUGUAUCACUGCACAGAAUGUGGAAAGAGCUUCAAUCGGAAGUAUAAUCUCACUUCCCAUCAAAGAAUUCAUAUGGGGGAGAAACCCUAUCAGUGCCUGGAAUGUGAAAAGAGCUUCAGUCAAAAGGACAGUCUCACUUUGCAUCAAAGAAUACAUACAGGGGAGAAAUCCUAUCAGUGCUUAGAAUGUGGGAAGCGCUUCAGUCACAGAUCAUAUCUCACUUCCCAUCAAAGAAUACAUACAGGGGAGAAACCAUAUCAGUGCUUGGAAUGUGAAAAGAGCUUCAGUCACAGGCAGAAUCUCACUUCCCAUCAAAGAAUUCAUUCAGGGGAGAAACCAUAUCAGUGCUUGGAAUGUGGAAAAAGCUUCAGUCAGAGGCAGGAUCUCACUUCCCAUCAAAGAAUUCAUACAGGGGAGAAACCAUAUCAGUGCUUCGAAUGUGGGAAGAGUUUCAGUCACAGACAUCAUCUCACUGCCCAUCAAAGAAUUCAUACAGGGGAGAAACCCUAUCAGUGCUUGGAAUGUGGGAAGAGCUUCAGUCGAAAGGACAGUCUGACUUUGCAUCAAAGAAUACAUACAGGGGAGAAAUCCUAUCAGUGCUUAGAAUGUGGAAAGAGCUUUAGUCACAGAUCACAUCUCACUUCCCACCAAAGAAUUCAUACAGGGGAGAAACCCUAUCAGUGCUUCAAAUGUGGAAAGAGCUUCAGUCAGAGGACCCAUCUCGCUUCCCAUCAAAGAAUUCAUACAGGGGAGAAACCCUAUCAGUGCUUUGAAUGUGGAAAGAGCUUCGGUCAAAAGAACACUCUCACUUUGCAUCAAAGAAUUCAUACAGGGGAGAAACCUUUUCAGUGCCUGGAAUGUGGGAAGAGCUUCAGUAGGAGCACCCAUCUCACUUCCCAUGAAAGAAUUCAUUCAGGGGAGAAAUCCUUUCAGUGUUUGGAAUGUGGAAAAAGCUUCAGUCACAGCCAGGGUCUCACUUCCCAUCAAAGAAUUCAUACAGGGAAGAAACCAUAUCAGUGCUUCGAAUGUGGGAAGAGCUUCAGUCACAGCACCCAGCUCACUUCCCAUCAAAGAAUUCAUACAGGAGAGAAACCCUAUCAGUGCUUGGAAUGUGGGACGAGCUUCAGCCAGAGCAGCAGUCUCACUUCGCAUCAAAGAAUACAUACAGGGGAGAAACCCUAUCAGUGCUUGGAAUGUGGGAAGCGCUUCAGUCACAGAUCAUAUCUCACUUCCCAUCAAAGAAUUCAUACAGGGGAGAAACCCUAUCAGUGCUUGGAAUGUGGGACGAGCUUCAGUCAGAGCAGCAGUCUCACUUCCCAUCAAAAACUUCAUAAAGGAGAGAAACCACAUCAGUGCUUGGAAUGUGGGAAAAGUUUCAGUCAAAGCCCCCAUCUCAUAAUCCAUAAAAGAAUCCAUACAGGGGAGAAACCAUACCAAUGUUUGGAAUGUGGGAAGAGUUUCAGUCACAGACAUCAUCUCACUUCCCAUCAAAGAAUCCAUACAGGGGAGAAACCAUAUCAGUGCUUCGAAUGUGGGAAGAGUUUCAGUCAGAGAUCACAUCUCACUUCCCACCAAAGAAUCCAUACAGGGGAGAAACCUUAUCAAUGUUUGGAGUGUGGAAAGAGCUUCAAGCGGAAGACACACGUCACAGACCAUCAGAGGACCCACACGGGAGAAAAACCGUUUUCGUGCUCGGAGUGCGGGAAGAGCUUCAGUCAUAGCACCGGCCUUACUUAUCACCGAAGAACCCACACGGGCGAGAAACCAUACAAAUGCUCGGAGUGCGGGAAGAACUUCAAUUGUAGCCAAACCCUUGCUUUGCACCACAGAAUCCACACUGGGGAGAAACCGUACAAAUGUCCCGAGUGCGGGAAGAGCUUCAGCCAGAAGAUACACGUGAUAAAUCAUCAAAGAACCCACACGGGCGAAAAACCAUUUACAUGCUCCGAGUGCGGAAAGAGCUUCACCUACAGCACCGGUCUUACCCACCAUCAAAGAACCCACACAGGCGAGAGACCCUAUAAAUGCUCUGAGUGUGGGAAAAGCUUCAGUUGCAGCCAAACCCUCGCUAUACACCUCAGAAUCCACACCGGAGAGAAACCGUACAAAUGCCCGGAGUGCGGGAAAAGCUUCAGCCAGAAGAUUCACGUUACGAGCCACCAAAGAACCCACACGGGAGAGAAGCCGUAUGAAUGUUCCAAGUGUGGCAAGAGCUUCAGUCAGUGGACAACCCUUACUAGACACGAAAGAAUACACACAGGGGAGAAGCCAUACAAAUGCUCAGAGUGUGAAAGGACCUUCAGUCACAGCAAUAGCCUUACUUAUCAUCAGAGAACCCACAAUGAAGUGAAACCGUCCGUUGCUCUGGUUGCUUUUGCCUCUGGCCCCAGGACACCCCUGCCGGAAGGCUGCCCUGGAGGGGAUAUGACCCUCUGGCUGGAAAACAUGUCCCACCCCUGACGCAAAUGCUCGAAACGUGUGGAAGGAUCUCCACUCAAGAGCACCGGCUUCUUGUACCAUAGAAUCCACUGAAGUGUAGGAGCCAUUUGAAAACCGGGUGGAAAUGGUUCUUUCCCAAAGUAAAGAAUUCACUACAAAACAGACGGAUGUUUUGGAUCCUAGAAAUGUUUGCAGUUGAGAAGGGACUUGAGAGGGGUUGCCCAAAUUUCAUUUCAGAUGAUUCACAUCCAAACAACAUCAUAUAUAUAUAUAUA